UGCAUUCCCUCGUGAGCUGAAGGAGGUAUUUGCAUCUUGGAAGCAGCAGUGCCUGAGCAGGGGCAAGCAGGACAUCAGCGAACGCCUGAUCAGUGCCUCCCUCUUCCUUCGCUUCCUGUGCCCUGCCAUCAUGUCCCCCAGCCUCUUCAACCUCAUGCAGGAGUACCCGGACGACCGGACAUCGCGCACACUCACGCUGAUUGCUAAAGUUAUUCAGAAUCUCGCCAAUUUUGCUAAGUUUGGUAAUAAGGAAGAGUAUAUGGCCUUCAUGAAUGACUUCCUGGAACAUGAAUGGGGAGGAAUGAAGCGCUUUCUCCUUGAGCUCUCUAAUUCCGAUAGCGUCUCAGCCAUGCCUGGAUUUGAGGGCUACAUCGACCUGGGCAGAGAACUCUCAGUUCUGCAUUCCCUCUUAUGGGAGGUUGUGUCCCAACUUGAUAAGGGUGAAAAUUCCUUCCUACAGGCGACCAUGGCAAAACUGGGACCUCUUCCUCGUAUUCUCAGCGAUAUCACCAGAUCAGUGACCAACCCUACGCCCAUACAGCAGCAGCUGAGGCGUUCCACUGAGCACAGCUCUAGUCCAAGCGUCAGUGGCAGUCUCCUCUCAGGGCUUCAGAAGAUAUUUGAGGACCCCACUGAUGGUGACUUGCAUAAGCUGAACUCUCCAACCCCGGAAAAUGCAGAUGGAUAUUUUAGGGGCAAGACUUCACCAUCCACCCAGAGCAUGACUUACUCAGAUAAGGAUGAAGGGGAAAGCAUCUUGCCCAUUGGACGUAGCAUCUCUCUCAUGGACCUUCAGGAUCCUCACAAGACUUACAGUGACCACGCUUCUAUUAUGCACGUGCCUUUGCCCCUGGCCGGCAGCCAGCUCUCAGACACACAGGUGGUCAAUGUGGAACAGCUGUGGGAGACUCAGAGCGCACCCCAGAGCGCUCCCCAGGUGAGAAGGCCUCUACUCCCAGCUUUGAACCAACAGGGUAGCUUCCAGGCUCUCUCCUUCCACAACCCUGUUUACCAGCUCAGCAACCCAUCCCUACUGAUGUUACAGGCCUCUGUGGAUUCCAACCUGGAGAACCUGAGCACUGCCAGCUCCCACAGCGAAGACUUCAAACCCAGUGGACCCAGCAACUGCAGCAUGGAAGACUUCACCAAGCGCAGCAUGCAGAGCGAGGACUUCUCUCAGCACCACGCGGUCCCAGACAAGCAAGUCCCCAUUGCGCUGCCCCGCCAGAACAGCAGCAGCCCAGCACAGAUCCACAGAAUGGACCAAGCCGAGUUGGACGCCAAGGCCAAAACUCCGCAGUCGCUGCCGCACAGCCCUUCCUUGCGGAGCGCGAGCAAAAUGUCCAGAGUGUCAGGGGCCAUGGUCACUGAACCCCAGCGGAAUGGGAGCCGGUCUCGCCAGCAGUCCGCGUCCUCUAGAGAGAGCCCUGUCCCAAAGGUGAGGGCAAUUCAGAGGCAGCAAACACCUAGUAAG